AUGUGUUCAGAGUUUCACGGGGUGUGGUUUGCUAUUCACCCAGCCAAUCAGAAAUGUGACAACGCUGGCUUCGAGCUAGUCACUGACUUGGUCUUAGCCGAUUCCCUGGUUUCCUCUGGCCUUGCCCAUGAGGUCCAUUUCCACGGCAAAUCCAUUCCUUGGUUCGUCUCUGAUGUCACAGCUCACGAUUUUCAGUGGACCAUCCAGCAGACCAUGGCGGCCAAUCACAAGUGUAUGUCAAAGAUUGGAUACCAGUGGAAGAGCCACCUGAAGGACGGCGUGUGGUCCUAUCACGAUCAUCCCUUCUGGACACAGCCCCAUGAGUUCUGUGACAUGGCCGCUGAUGCACCCGACCUGUAUGCUAACCUGCAGGGGGCAGACCUGGUGCUGUUUAAAGGGGAUCUCAACUACAGGAAGCUGGUGGGGGACAGAGACUGGGAUCACACAGUGGGCUUUGGUACUGCAUUACAAGGUUUUGGGCCUGCGCCGCUGUGUAGCCUGAGGACUCUCAAGGCCAACGUACAGGUCGGUCUGCAGCCUGGCCAAGCGGAGAAGCUCACCUCCCAUGAACCAGACUGGAUGACCUGCGGCAAAUACGCUGUCAUUCAGUUCUACAGCUCAAAGGCGGAACAGAAAGACUGAG